AUGAAUUAUAGUAAUAUUGUACAACAAAAUUUAGAACAACAAAUUCAACAACAACAAAUUCAACAACAACAAGAACAAAAUUUACGUGAACAACAAAUUAGACAACAAAUUGAAGAACAAAUAAAGAGAGGUCAACAAAACCAAGAAACAACACAAGUUGAUAAUAGACCAGAAGGCGAAUAUUGGCAAAUUUUUGAUCAAGCAGUAUUAAGAAUCUUUAAAGAAUGGACAGCACUUCAAUUGGCAAUCACCAAUGAAUGGGGUGGUAAUAAAACCUCUGAAAGAGCUGAAGAUAUGAGACAAGAUGUUUUAGAUUUAUUUUUAAUGGGUAAACAAGUUUAUUCUGAUCAAAUUGAAAAGAUCUUGGAUGAAUGUUUAUCUCAAGAUUUAAAUACAGUUGCUGAAGAUGAUAGUUGUAAACAAGUUGCAACACUUAUUAUUCAAUGUUAUAAUUUAGCAAUCAAUGGUGCCUAUAAUGAUAUGGUGUCACUUUUAGGUCCUGAAACUGCUUCUGUAAUUAGUAGUUGUAUUAAAGGUGCUGGUAAUGAUUCUGAUGAUGAAAUUGAUGCUCCUGAAUCUGAAAUGGGUGAUGAUGAUUAUGAUGAUGAAAUGAUGGAUGAUGAUGAUAAUAAUGAUAAUAAUAAUAAUAAACCAAAAAAAUAUAGUGAACCUGAUGAAGAUGGUUGGGUAACUGUAAAUUCAAAAAGAAGAUAA